AUGGGUGCAUGUGCUGGUAAAAAUAAAUCAAAAAAAUCAAAAUCUUAUGAACCUACAACAGAUUCAACUACAGAAUCAGAAGCAAAACCAAAAGAUAAGAAUUUGCAACCAAAUAUGUCACCAUCACCCACAGAGACAUUAUCAUCAUCAAAAGGUUUUACAGUAAAUAAUGAUGAUCAUAGUAAGUCUACAUUAAAUACAGAAACACACGGCAUUGAUCCGGAUGUUCAAAUUGGAAUUAAUGAACAAGGUGAAAUUAGUAAUACAUUAAGUAAACCAUUUCCACAUCGUGUUAUUUCAGUUAACGAUGCUGAACUUGAAACAGAAUUAGCUAAUCUUGUAUAUGGACGUCCAGAAAAUGAUUAUGCAGAAAAUCCAAUUGUUGUUACUACAAUUAAAAGUACUGAAGUUUAA